AUGGCCUCAUCAUCCUCCUCCGCCUCCGUCUCCCCCUACCAGUCCCUCACCAAGUGGCUCUCGCUCAAGAUCUACCAGGUGGAGGUGACAUUUAGCGUCUACAUCUUCACGCCGCUGGAGAAGUUCAUCUUCUGGUCCGUCGUCUUCCUCCUCUUCUCCCUGACCGCCAUCGCCACCAUCCUCUACCUGCCGCACCACAUCAUGUUCCUCGCCGGCCGCGCCUGGUUCUACAUCCACGGCGACUCGGCCGUCGAGGCCGCCCGCGAGACCGCCCGCUCCCUGGCUGCGGCGGCUGCGGCGGCGGCCACGACGCCCACAGCCAAGGCCCUCGCUACGGAGACGGCCAGGGCGGUUGUUGGUGAGGGGGCCGGCAAGGUGGAGCUGUAG